AUGAUGUCAUCGCUAAGUGCAAUACAAAGUCUCGCUGAGCUCCAAGCAAAAUUUCGUCCUGAGGCGUUGAUGUCAUUCGAUUCCGAUAGCGGCAUUGUCGCACCUGUGCGUGAUGCCGGCAGUGAAUCAUCAAGUCAGUCCUCCAUUAUCCCACAGGAAUUCUCACCAUUUGAUCCCAAUGAACCAGCCAUACCGAAGGAAAUCAACUACCGUGGUCAUACCGUUGUUGGUUUUGACCUUCGCGGAACAGAUAUGCUAUGCUUACCACAGGUUUAUGAGUUAUUUCUCAAGAAUAUGGUUGGCGGCUUACAUACAGUCUAUACUAAGCUCAAACGCCUAGAAAUAACGCCGAUCAUUUGUAAUGUUGAACAGGUUCGAGCUCUACGCAGCAAAAAUGCCAUACAACCGGGUGUGAAUCGUUGCAAGCUCAUAGCAGCCACAGAUUUUGAUCGCCUCUAUGAUGACUGUACUAAUACUUGCACUCGUCCCGGUCGCCCUCCGAAGCGCGUUUCUGCAGUAGAGGAAUGGGCAGCGAAACGUGAGAAGUAUGAAGAUCAACAUCAGCCGUGCAGCGGCGAUGCGGAGCAGUUUGGAGGAGCGCCAUGCGCUUCGCCGUUGAAUCCAUUGUUUCUUGGACAGUUUCUGCCACAGUUCAGCGCUCAACAGCUUCUGGUUCAACACAUGAUGGCACUCGCGGCAGCACAAAAACAAUCAGAGUUUUCUGGUUCUGAUAUGGGUGUACACACGGAUGCUGAAAUAGAAGGAGCUCCUCUAAAUCUGUCCAAGGCCAAUUCCAAUUCUGAAACGAGCGAUAACGACUCACUGGAAAACAUGCGAAAAGAAGGCGAUAUCUCUCCCAAUCAAUCAAUAUCCGAACGUGGUGGGUCGAAUGGAUCGAAUAACUCAUCAUCAUCGGAUCAAUCAAGUUCUGCUACGACGAAGAUCAUCUCAUUAAUUGAUAUGGCUAGCGAGCACUUCAAGCAGCAAAUGGAGUCAAUACGUAAAGAGAGAGAAGAGGUUGAAUUCCUGCGCUGCCAACUCAAAGGAUCGCUGAUAGAUGAAAGUAAGCUGAGAGAACAACUCCAAGCUGAGAAGAAAAAGUCGAACAUCUACUUCCGUCGCUAUUGCAAAGCUCGAAGGGAAAUGAUCUUGCUGAAGGAGCAGAUCACCGAGACGCGUGGUAGUUCAUCAAAUUCGAAUAACUCGUAA